AUGAUUCCUAGAUUUUUGAUACUUUUAAUUUUCAAGCUUGUUUCAAGCCAAGAUCCGAUCAUUGCAAGACCGCCAAGUGAGGGGUACCAGAAAUCGACGCAGUUAUCCACCUUUAAAGAACCUCCUCCGAAGCCGCGGAGACGUCCCCCUCCUCCUCCUCCUAAGCCACAAAGACAACCAGAUGCGGGCAACCAACGCCCACAGCCUCCCCAGCCAGGUCAACGAGGAGCUGGAGCAGCAAAAAAAGAAGCGGCCCCUGUCUGGGAUGGAAAAGUUAUCUCAAGACAAUCCUUGUUUCAACGGAUGAGAUCAGCUCCUAGAUUUGAUGAAAAUGGAAACCCGAUUCGAAAAGGAAAAAAGAUGGGUCGUCAAUCUGGACCUAGACGAGGAAACCAACAGCCAACAAAGCCAGAAAAGAAACAAUGGACGCCAAGAAAACCUGGUCAGCCCGUGAAGCCACGAUUCAAGCCAUCCAACAUCGCAUCUCGUCGACCGACUCCGAAAAACAAUGAACAGAACACAGUGCAGCCAGAGCAACCACCGCAGCCUUCGCAACCGAAAAACAGAAAUCAAAAUAAGGAUUCCGGAAGAACAAAGCUCAGCCAAAAUCAGUCAGGGCUAGAGAAAUUCUCUUUGCCUCAUCGGGAAUGGAAUAAAUACGAUGUGACGCUGAUAAUUUUGGACAUGACUUGGUCUCAUAACGAGUAUUGGAAUCAAGCAUUAGAGGCGCUUCUUGAGAAGAUUUCAAAAGCACCAGGAAUUGUUUAUAUCGCUACAACUUCGCCAUAUUCAUCCGAACCGGGCAUUUUCAAGGACCCAGUUUCAUUUGUCGAAAAGAUUCUGCCCUUGCUUUCAAGACGAGUGUCAAUGAAAGCUUCUCAAAUCUGCCACGAUGUUCGCUACGGACAAAUGAGAGCCGCACUGGAUGAGCUGCGAGAUAUGGAUACUUGGUCCCCUCGAAGAUGCUCAACCCUCAUCUUUACCGACACUUCAGUGGUCAAGCAAAGCAGCGAGCUUUUCUGCAGAGGUGUUGAAGAAGCAAACGCAUCUGAUUGUCUGUUAGACAGCGUCUUCGAAUCGAGGGGAUGCCCGCUUGCAAAUGUCCAUUUGUUCGGAAAUUGUAAUUCAGAAUCAAAAAGCGAUCAUUAA